GAUCAGGGUUAUUAAAAGAUAUGCCUUUUCUAAAUUCGAUUACCUGCAAAAGCUAGAUCUUUCUAACAACAGUAUAACGGAACAGGAUGCAAUGAACUGUUUUAAAAGUUUACCAAAAGGUAUACAAUGUUUGAGAUUAUACCAUCUUCACUGGUAUCCAUUUGAAGGAUUAUUUGAUGGUUUAGCAAAUAGUUCUUUAACAAGUAUAGAGUUAAGCCAUAGCUACUUAACUCCAUUUGAAGGAACUUGGUUUUCAGGUCUUAGCCAACUGAUGUCACUGGACAUUUCAUGGAAUUCAAUUAAAGAUUCGGAUUGUAAUUUGACUGGACUUUCUAAUAUACGCUAUAUUAACUUGGCUGGCAACAGGUUUAAUGAAAUUCCAGAUUUUUGUCAGUUCGGUUUAUACAGUAUUGAAAAGUUACAACUGUCUGAAACAAAGCUAUAUACCAUUAACCAUUUAGAAAACUAUUCUGCGUGUCUGCAAAAUCUUACGAAGUUAUAUUUGAGUGGACUUUCAAUAGAGAUAAUACCAACAAACAUAUUUUCUAAUCUCAAUUCUUUAAAGGUGCUUACAAUGACGCAGAUGUCUACACAAUUUAAAAGUAUUGAAAAAUAUGCCUUCAAUAGUUCUACUUUACAAAAUUUAACAUUCUGGAGAGCAGACGGCUUUCCGUUUACCUCGAGAUCGGUGCAACAAGGACUGUUUCAUCCUGAUUCAUUUUUUAGAUACUGUAAAAAUAUUAAAGACCUUGAUAUAUCUAAUAAUAAAAUAGAUUUGAUAUCAAAUACAAUCAGAUCCAUGUUCGAACCUCUGACAGAACUUAGGAGAUUAUGGAUGGAAUCAAUGUCUCUAUCAUACAUGCCGAAAGACUUUUUACCGCUAUUUCCAUUACUGAAAUUGAUUUCAUUCGAGAACAAUCGAAUUCACCCUUGGAAUUAUGGCCAUUCUGUGUUUUAUGGAGUUCGAAAUUUGAAGAUAGUUAAUCUAAGGAGAAAUAAGAUCGGAAUGAUUUAUGAUACAUCUUUUCCGCUGGCUCUUUUGAACAACUUGACCUCAAUAAACAUCAUGCAUAAUCGGUUUAGCUGCACUUGUGAUCUUCAGUGGUUUAGGAAUUGGAUGAAACAUACCCGUGUAAAUAUUACUGGAAAUAAUACUUACAAAUGUGAUAUUGGCAAAACGAAGGUAGUUGAUUACAAUCCAGACUUUAUAGAAUGCCACAUUUUGUCAAUUUCCUUAUCAAUCGGAUUUGGCGUCGCUUUAAUUUUGAUCGUAACUAUAACCGGUUAUAUCUGUCGGUGGCGUUUCCGAUUCCAGUUGUACAAACUUCGUUCACUUCGCAAACAGUACAAAGAACUUGUCAACAGAGAGGAUUUGGUAUAUUCUGCGUACGUAGUUUACUGUUACGAAGAUUUCACGUGGGUAAAAAGAAGCCUCAUUCAAGAAAUAGAAGAGAAGCAAGGUUAUAAGUUGUGUAUUCCACACAGGGACUUUGAAUUAGGAAAAGUAUUUGCAGAUAAUAUUGUUGAACAUAUGCAUUUGAGUGAAACAGAAAUACUUGUUCUUUCUAAUAAUUUUGCAAAAAAUGAGUGGUGCUUAUUUCAGCUUGCUGUUGCUAAAAACAAAGUAAAUAAACUUGGGAAAUUAUCCAUAUUUCUUGUGUUACUCGAAGAAAUAGAAUUUAAGAACAUGAAUUCUGCGCUAUAUCACCUUUUGAAAAUGUCAAGCUAUGCAGCAUGGGACAAUGAUGACAAUGCUCAGAAACUUUUCUGGGAUCAAAUAAGAGAUCACCUUAGUUGAACUGUUGACGUUUUUAUCAAUUGGAGGAUUUUGGAGUAAGAGUUUUCCUGAUUCAAGAUAAAUUAAAAUUAUUGAUGA